AUGGCUGAUUUUGACCCAUUGAAUCCCCCUCCCAAGUUUGUACACGGUAAAAAAUCUGACCCAAAACAUCCAUCAAAACAGAGUCGACGAGACAGUUUGACUGACCAGAACAAGCCGUCUACUCCAGAUAAGCUAGCUGAUACUGAUGCGCAGCAACAAUCAGCCACUAAACCUGACGCUCGAUUUUUAACAGAGGUUGUUGCCAAAGGACACCGCAAAAAAUCAAAGCCUAAAGAAGUUGUGUCCAAUCCAUUGGGGCAGCUGAAGUCUCCGUCUCCACAGCGAAAACUGCGUAAACUAAGUGAUACACCCCAGAUGGAAAGAGAGGAAAGUGUCUCCCAAACUUCAACGGAGGAAAAUUUCUCCCAAAUCCUGGACGAAUCUCAGAUGUCCACAGAAUCACCACAGAUACAUCCAUCUCAACGGGAUUCAGAGAGCGACCACGAAUCCGUCUCCUCUGUCGUAAGCGUCUUCGAUCAAGAGAGAUUAACCCUCAAUACAGGGGGAUGUUCCACGCCCAUCAAAAACAACUCUGUUCAGUCUACAGGUCUGCAUGUAAGCCAAAGCGAGCGAACCCAGAUAGUCUUCCCAAGCAAUCCCGGUAACUAUGGGAACAAUGAACAUGAAACCUGGACACUCACCACAGACAACCACCGACGCCUCCUGAUCAGCUUCGAGAGCUUCGACACCGAGUCCUGCUGCGACCACUUGCAGAUUUAUGAUUCCACAAGCGGUCAACGGUGGACGUUAAGCGGAUCCUCACAUCCCGCCAUGCUGGUGUCUGUCGGAAACACCCUUCAACUAACGUUCAGUUCUGAUGGAAGUGUGACAAGGACAGGGUUUAGCCUCCUCGCAAGCAGUAUCGACAGGCAGGAACACGGAAACUUCAGCUGCAACUUCGAAGAAGGGUUUUGCGGAUGGAAACUUUCAACCGAGGGCGAUUCAUAUUGGACGCGCCAGCAGGGGCCAACUCCUACUGUUGACACAGGGCCAAAUUUCGAUAGGACGUUGGGUAGCAGAGGUGGCCAUUACAUUUAUUCUUCACUAGGAAAGGGAAGUGAAGGCGACAACGCAAUACUCAUCAGUCCCUUGGUUUCACCGGGAGGGUUAAAGCUGGGGAACAACUGGUGCUUCAGUUUCUGGUACAAUAUGUUUGGGGGCGACAUGGGAAUGUUAAAUGUGUACCGAUUUCCAGUCUGGGGGAACGCCAGUGAAGGUGAACUCAUCUUUAGUUGGAGCGGUCAAUGUACGACCAAUGUGGAGUGGCUGAAAGCUAGAGUUUGCGUACCAAAUGCGACUUCAGAAUUUGAAAUUGCGCUGGAGGCAGUACGUGGUGACGGGUAUCGCUCGGACAUCGCCAUCGACGAUAUUAAAAUCGAUGCGCCUGAAGUUUUUCUUUUUAAUUCAACUGAACCCUUUUUCGCCUGUGCUGGUAAAGUAUUUCUGAUGGAAGGGGUUGAUCAAACUUUUACAUGCGUGAGUGGCAACCCCAAUGCAGAGCUUGUAUGGGUGUUGGGUGAUCAGCAAGUACCAGCGACAGAUAACAAUUUUCACAACAGAGAUAAAGUGACUGUCAGUAGUACCGUACUGGUUUCCUCGACGAGGGAUAUCCAUGGAGUGGUCUUACAGUGUCUUGCUGUGGAUGCCGAUCACAAGGUUCUCGACAGUAGCAACGUGACACUUGCUGUUAAAGUUACUCCAAAAGCAUCGUGGAUCUCCUUGAUUGGUUCUGGUGGCAAGGAGCUCACACCUGGUGGGACGGUGAAGGUGGACAGUGGUAUACCAUACACCUUUACCUGCAAGGCUAACGACACGUGGCCUCACGUGCAAAUCCAGUGGUACCUCAAUGGCACCCUGCAAGAAACAUUCAGGCCUAAUUAUGGAGCCACUGAAGACAGCUGGACAUUCACUCCUACACUAGAGAGCCACAGGAAAGAGGUGAAAUGUGUGGUGAGGACUCGAAAAUUGUCGGACGCUCACGUAGUUUCAGCAGUCAUACUGAUCAGUGCAAGUUUACAAUUCAACUGCACCUUCGAAGAAGGGAGCUGUGGUUGGAGACAAUCAGCGGAGGACAGUUCAGAUUGGUUGGUGCAUCACGGGCCAACUCCUAGUAGUCGGACAGGGCCAAACUUCGACAGAACACUGGGCAAUGCAAGUGGAUAUUACAUCUAUUAUGAAGCGACCCCUGGAGGGAAGGGCAGCAACGCUAUACUCUUAAGCCCCCCAAUUUCACCAAAUAGCAGUCAACUAGCAAACAACUGGUGUUUCAGUUUCUGGUACAACAUGUUUGGAAAUGAUAUGGGAACGCUAAAUGUCUACCAGCUUCCAUUUAGAGGGAGUUUCAGCGACGGUGAACUCAUCUUUACAAGAAGCGGGGAAUACACAACUGGCGUAGAAUGGUUGAAAGCAAGAGUGUGUGUACCGAAUGCGACCCUAGAAUUCGAAAUUGCACUGCAAGCGGUGCGCGGUGAAGAUUUUCGCUCAGACAUCGGAAUCGACGAUAUUAAUACCGUUACCCCUGGAAUUUACCUCUUCGAUUCAACCGAAAACUACCCCUCCAGUGAUGGAAAAGCAUUUCUGAUGGAAGGUGUAGGUCACGAAUUUACGUGCAUGGUCAAUGAUAACCCCGAAGCAGAACUGGUGUGGAUCUUGGCUGAUAAUUCGAUAGCGGCAACGAGCCAAAUGUUUGACAACACAGAUGAUUCAACUGUCAUUAGUAACGUCCUGGUGUCACCUACUUUCGACCUACAUGAAACGAUGCUACUGUGUAAAGCUGUAGACAUUGCUGGUUCGUUGAUCGACAACAUCAAUGUGACAAUUGUUGUAGAAGUUACUCCGAAGGCAUCAAGGAUGUCCUUAAUUGGUUCUGGUGGCCGGCAACUUACACCUGGUGGGACAGUGAACGUUAACCAUGGUAUACCAUAUACUUUUACCUGUGAGGUCAGAGAUACGUGGCCUCAAGCCAAAAUUCAGUGGUACCUGAAUGAUGUCCUGAAAGAAAGCUUUAUUCCUCCUAGAGAGAGUGAUGGUCUAGUCACCACGGAACACAAUUGGAUGCUAACUCCAUCUGCUGAUAGCCAUGGCUUGGACGUAAAAUGUGUGGCGGCCACAGCAUCUUCCCUGGACGCCAAAGUAUCUGUAGCGGUCAAGCUAGUUGUAAAAAGCAAGUAUAAGGAAAUGUAUAAUUACGCAGGAGACUGUGCAUUUCGUGAUGAAGUAAUUAUCGCACUGUAA